AUGAGUUCUUCGUCAUCUUCAUCUGGCGACGAUGAACUCAUACUAGCAGCAUUUGCCGAGCGCGAGGAGGAAGAGAGGAUGAACGCUCGACGCCACGGCGGUUCGAAGCAUGGACGUCGAGCAAUUGAUCGAGGAAGAGAUGCUGGAUUUGUUCUUCUGUGGGACGACUACUUCAAAGCAGUUCCUCGCUAUCCCGAACAUUUGUUUCGACGAAGAUUUAGGAUGUCCCGUGAUUUGUUCAACCGCAUAGCUGAUGGUAUACUUGAGCAUGACUAUGAUGGUUAUUUUACGCAAAAAAGAAGUGCUUCUGGAGCUCUUGGGUUACAUCCUCUGCAAAAGAUGACCGCGGCAAUGCAGAUGCUAACAUAUGGAAUAGCUGCUGAUGGUGCGGAUGAGUACAUUCGGUCCGCUGAGGCUACUAAUUUAGAGUCUUGCAAGAAAUUUGUGAUCAAAGUUUGUGAAGUAUUUGGGGAAAGGGUCUCUCACUGA